GCCGGGUGGUGCACUAGCGCAGUCUGCGCGGCCUCCUCUCCAUAUCGAGCGAGCGUAGUCCGUGCCCGGCCUUGCUGAGGCCAUGACCGAUCCUCUGCCUCCACAAUGACACACCGCGUCGGGGUCCUCUGCAUGCUCCUGGCGCUGCUCGUCUCCGCUGCCGCUGCUGAAGAUGACGACCACCAGAACGCCACCUCCUGGUGCCGCAACGCCUCCCACAACGGCACCCACAAGGAGAAGGCCCCGCUCUUCCCCGAAGACCUCUUCACCGAGGAGCAGCGGCGCAACGGAGCCAUCAUACUCCACAUCCUCGGCGUGGUGUACAUGUUUGUCGCCCUCGCCAUAGUCUGCGACGAAUUUUUCGUGCCCGCGCUGGACGUCAUCAUCGAAAAGUUCGAUAUCCAGGACGACGUCGCCGGCGCCACUUUCAUGGCGGCCGGUGGAUCGGCCCCAGAGCUCUUCACCAGCGUGAUCGGCGUGUUCGUGUCCUUCGACGAUGUGGGCAUCGGUACCAUAGUCGGAUCGGCCGUGUUCAAUAUCCUCUUCGUGAUCGGCAUGUGUGCGAUAUUCUCCAAGACGGUGCUCACGCUGACCUGGUGGCCGCUCUUCAGGGACUGCUUCUUCUACUCGGCGAGCCUGGUGACGCUUAUUAUUUUCUUCAGUGACAACCUCAUUCAAUGGUACGAAGCGCUGGUACUGUUCGGAUUCUAUGUCGGGUACGUCAGUUUUAUGAAGUGGAACCAACCCAUGGAGAGGCUCGUCAAGAGACUAAUUUAUAAGAACAAAGUUACCAGGGUGAGGAGUACCGACCAGCUUAUGCCAACG